AUGAGCGGAAUUUUUCUCUAUCUUGGUGCUGUCCUGCUGAACGCAGGCUCUCUCUUCUUCCAGGUCUUUUUUGUGGUUAUGUACUCUGACCUGGAGGCCGACUUCAUCAACCCCAUCGAUCUGUGCAACAAACUCAACGUGUACAUCCGACCCGAGGCUGGUCUGCAACUCUUCACCUCCCUGUUGUUGCUUAUCAACUUCAAGUGGUUCUCCUUCCUCAUCAACCUGCCCAUGAUUCUCUUCAACGUGCGAUACAUUUUCCUCGAUUGGCCCCAGUACAAGCUGGAUGCCACUGAGAUUUUCCGAACGCUCAACAAGUACAAGAAGCAGUCUUUCAUCAAGCUGGGCUUCUACUUCUUCCUCUUCUUUUACUACCUCUACUGCAUGAUCAUGGCUAUUGUGGAGAGCGAGAAAUAG